UGAUUUAAGUACUGUUAACCGAGUGGCCAUCUCUUCAGCAGAAUAGCGGCAAGCCUCCGCGGCCUCCAUGUCUGCGUUAUAUGGCAUUACACUUGUGUUGCACUUAAUCGCGGCGGGCGAUUAUAUGCAUUUAUUUUCCUCUCCACAGAAGGCUGAACAAUGGAGAAGCCGUCAGCAGAAAUUUCUGGCGACCCUCCUAUUUUUCCAUGCACUCGAUCAUUGUUUAUGAUGCUGUUGUUGUGUAGGAGGGCAGGGAUGGGCCUGAUCUCGGCGAAAUUCUGCUAGAAAACACUCAGAACUCAACGUGCUGUGAGCGGCCUCGCAUCCUUCUAGAUCCGAGCAGCUGAUGUUGGCAGUGCUGCCGUCCUCCCGGUGAACAUGGUCAAAUUCCCAGCGCUCACGCACUACUGGCCCCUCAUCCGAUUCCUGGUGCCGUUGGCAAUAACCAACAUUGCCAUCGACCUCGGCGAACAGGCUUUGAACAGGGGAAUAGCAGCAGUCAAAGAGGAUGCAGUAGAAAUGCUGGCCAGUUAUGGCUUGGCCUACUCCCUCAUGAAGUUCUUUACAGGUCCUAUGAGCGACUUCAAGAAUGUAGGGCUGGUGUUUGUCAACAGCAAACGGGACAGAACCAAGGCAGUCCUCUGCAUGGUCGCAGCAGGAAUUGUGGCAAUCAUUUUCCACACACUCAUUGCCUACACCGAUCUGGGUUAUUACAUCAUUAACAAACUGCAUCAUGUGGAUGACUCUGUGGGGAGUAAAACUCGGAAGGCAUUUCUCUAUCUGGCUGCUUUUCCUCUGCUUGAUGCCAUGGCCUGGACUCAUGCUGGAAUCCUUCUGAAACACAAGCACAGUUUCCUGGUGGGAUGUGCCUCUAUUUCUGAUGUCAUUGCACAGGUUGUGUUUGUGUCUAUUUUGUUGCACAGUCAUCUUGAGUGUGUGGAGCCAAUGUUGAUCCCAAUUCUUUCUCUGUAUAUGGGGGCCUUGGUACGCUUUACUGUUGUUGGUUUGGGGUAUUACAGGAAUGUUCAUAACAACAUCCCCGAGUCCAGUGGACCUGAGGUUGGGGGUGAUGCUACUAUUAAAAAGAUGCUGAGCUUUUGGUGGCCAUUGGCUCUCAUCCUGGCUACGCAGCGGAUUAGCAGACCAAUUGUCAACCUGUUUGUAUCAAGAGAUCUGAAAGGAAGCACAGCUGCCACUGAGGCUGUCGCUGUUCUCACAGCAACAUAUCCGGUGGGUCAUAUGCCGUAUGGCUGGCUCACUGAACUCAGAGCUGUUUACCCUGCAUUUGACAAGAAUAGCCCAAGCAACAAGCUGGCCAAAAGUGGUACAAUUGUGAGCAAGUCCCACAUCAGGCGCUUCACUUUUGUUUGUUUGGCUCUUUCUAUAACACUCUGCUUCGUGGUGUUCUGGGCGCCACACAUUUCUGAGAGGAUCCUGGUGGACAUCAUAGGUGUAGACCAUGCCUUUGCUGAGCUAUGUGUCGCCCCAUUACGAAUUUUCUCCUUCUUUCCCAUUCCAGUAACAAUGCGUGCUCACUUGACUGGUUGGCUCAUGACCCUGAAGAAGACCUUUGUCCUGGCACCAAGCUCGGUUCUGCGCAUUAUUGUCCUCAUUACCAGUCUCAUAGUACUACCUUACAUGGGGGUACAUGGGGCUACACUUGGUGUUGGAUCUCUGCUGGCUGGUUUUCUUGGCGAGUCUACAAUGGUUGCAAUUGCAGCAUGCUAUGUCUACCGAAAACAGAAGAAAAAGAAAGACUCUGAUGAAGACAUGACCAUUGACAGGGAGGAUUCUGCCCCCAUGAACGAUCUUAGGGCCGGGGGGCACAUGGAUGAUAUUGUGGAGUUAAGAGAGGAGGAUGAGGAAGAUUGAGCAGUGAAUUCUGGGCUGAGCAGGAUGCGCUGUGGGAAUCAGGACCCUUUUCCUUCGUCGGGCAGUGUUGUAAUUGCUUACUGCCCUCUGCUGCUGCCCUGUCCUUUCUGCCAGCUCACCUUUUCAGUGUGCACACAGUUAAAAUAAAAGUGCAGAACAGUACUUUCCAGGUGUCCGCUGUGGCAUAUCAUUGUUUAAAUUGUGACAGUACACACGCAGACAUACUAAUGUGCACAUGUCUUCCAGAUGCCAUCAGGAGAUUCCAGAUGCAGGACAGUGAAGAUAUUGAUUUGUACCAAAGCAAUGUUGUGCAUUAACUCUUAUUUUUCUGUAUGCUGAUCUUUAAUGUGCUGCCGUCCUACACAUUUUGAAUCUUAAAGGAAAGACAACACUAAAUGCAGUUACUUCAUCUGCUUGGAAUGUAUUUCCUGUUUCUUCUUCUUUUUAACCUUUAAUAUUUAACAGAAACAAAACACGAUAAGAUUAUGAGGUCCAGGGGCCUGUGACCUGUGUUGCUGCACAG